UUCUUUUGAGAACAUCUAAACAGUACCUACCUAGAAGAAAACAUCCCAAUGGGAUAAGUAUCUUAUUUCUUGGUGCAUGGCUGUGGGCUAGUUCCAGAGUCUCAGGCUAUUGUCUUCUUUAGCCAGUCAACACAGAAAAGAAAUUCACAGAAUUUCUAUGUGACAUCAGGCACAAAGGAUAAUUUUGUCCACAGACCGAUGACCUUCUGACUACAACAGUAUGGAAAGUUAGAUUCCCACAGCCCAUGAUAGAAAAUGUCUAUUGUCUCCUGGGGAGGCUCAAUUCAAUAUUAUUAAGAAGACUCAUACUGAGAGGGCUUGAUGUGGCAGGGAUCAUGCAAACACUUCUCCCAAGUCCUUAAAGUGAUGUUGAGGGAGACAAACUCUGAGAUACUGUGUGUGGUGCCAUGGGUACCAUGUGCUGGACCUAGGAUUCAGAUGUCUGGCUGAGGGAUACUCAAAUCCAUCUUCCCACUGGCUAGAAGCAGCUUGAUGUGGUGUCCCAGAGAGUCCUGUGAAGGGUUCUGAGACUCGACAGAAACGAGAGGAACUGCUAAUGUGGCUUGUGUAAUGGGCUCAUAGCUUCUCUCAGUGGAUCUGAAGAGGUGGCACACUUUCUUGUUCAUGGGUAAAAGUAGUUGUGUUGUCAGUAGGAAGCCCAACAUUUACUUUGUUUCCAGUGACCCAGGAAAGGCUAUUCUAAAUUUCCUUACAGCUAGAUUCGGAAUCAACUUCCCUCAUAUUCUCUGCCCUGCCUCAUCCCAAACUCUCUGCUCCAGAAAGAGCAACCUGUGCCUGUUCGUGCCUUACUCUACCCCUAGCCCACUCUUGCCUUGACAGCCUUAUAUCAUCAAAGGCAGAAGGUAGAGAGGCAGAGUUCUUCUAGCCCCUCCCCCACUCUUCCUUUCUCUGAAUACCCAUGAGUCUGUUGACGAGGGGAGUGCUCGCUCACCCAGGCUGGUCGUCCGGUGACUUGCCUCUACUCCGUGGAUGAGUCCCUGUGGAAGAUGGAGCACUAUGGAAUUCUGGUUAGUCUGCUACUGGCUACUGUUCUCCCCCAAGUGUGCCAGAACUGUGUGGAGCUGGACUCAGCCACCCUGGCUGGUGUCAUCAUCACUGAUCUCAUCGCCACUCUGCUCCUGGCUUUGGGGGUCUACUGCUUUGCAGGCCAUGAGACCGGAAGACUUUCUGGGGCUGUUGACACUCAAGUCCUGUUGAAGAACGAGCAGCUGUAUCAGCCUCUUCGAGAUCGCGAUGAUGCCCAGUACAGCCGUCUUGGAGGGAACUGGCCCCGGAACAAAAGGUCUUGAGAUGGAGGUUUCUCAGAGUGCUAUAUCAACGGUGCCUUCCCCUUGUGCUCAACCAAUAAAGAUGUGUUCCUUCAGUCA